AUGUCCAGCCCCACCAAAACAUCCGAAACCCAGCGCCUACUCGAACAACAAAGGAAGUUGGCAGAGGAGAAGAUGCGGGAGAGGGCGGAGAAAGCGAGGCAGAGACGGUUGGAGGAGGAGAGGGAGAAGGCUGAGGAGGAGGAGAUGGCCUGGGCACUCGCGGCAGUGGAGCAAGUGGCGGAAGAGGAGUGGCUGCCUACGGCCUACCCAAGCACGGAUGAGGAGGACGAAGAAGUGGUUGUAGAACAAACCAAGCGCAAAGGCAAGGGCAGGGUUGUCAAGUCAUCCGAUGAAAGUAGUUCAGAGGGCGAGAGUGGGAGCAAGGGAGAAGGAAGAAGGGGCAAGGAGAAGGAGAAGGGGCAAGAAGAAGAAGAGGAAGAAGAAGACGAAAAAGAUGACAAGGAGCCGGGGAUGGCUGCAGCCACAAAGGGGAAGACGAAGACGGCACGCAAGGUGAAGUCGCAAGACGAGAGGAACCGGAUCCGGGACGAGGGGAUCGCGAAGGCAGAGGCGAGCUGGCCUGUGACGCAGGAGCCAUGUGCCCACUGCAUCGUGGCUGGCAUUCGUUGCCAAUGGAAUCCAGGUGCCAUGGAGAAGUGGCGUAUGGCCGUCGAGAACAGCAAGGGGAUGAAGCGUGCACCACCCGGCAUCUUGUGCCUGGCUUGCAUGCACGCCAAGAUUACAUGUGUGCUGCCGGCUACGAAGUGGAUGUGCGACCAGCUCGAGAAGAACAACGACGGCAAGAGGAAGCGGGACAAUGACGACAAAGGGGACUUUGAGCCAGAGGGAAGGUUGAAGAGAGUGAGGGUGGAAGAGGAGGAAACGCUGCGAGCCAGGCCUAGCCAUGAACGAACGCGUCGGGCAGCGGCUGUUGGGGCGGACCAGGCACGAAGGAGGCAGAGGAGGGAGCAGGCCGAAGCAUCGGACGACCCAUUGGUCCACCUGGCGUGGUCCGUGGAGAAGAUGCGCCGGCAGCAACAGUCGAUGAGCCGGGCGGUCCUCGAGCAACUCGAGGUGACCAACUGGCUCUUGACUCAGUUUGUCAUGGCCUACGAAAAGGCCCACGCAGAGAAGAAGGAGGAAGACAAGGAAAAGGGGCCAGAAGAGGGAACGGGAGAGGGAGUGAGCCAGUAG